AUGACGAAUCGAAAAGCUAAAUCCGAACCUACAGAUGUUGCAUCGCUGCCCUCAUCAUUAACAACAGACGGUGCAUCGUCAUCAAAUAGCACAUUUGAUCCUGUUGAUUUAGAAUCAGCAAUCAUUCAGUUAUGUUUACAAUCUCCGAAUGGCGUGAGUGAUAGAAUUUUAGAACUUUCUUUUCCAACUAUCGCACCACAACAACGUGUGAGUGCAUUAAAUCGCUUAUUAUCAUUAAAUAAAAUUGAUUUAUUAAAAUCAACAACACCCGAAGGUACAUCGACGUUUCUCUGUCGUAUCAAAGACACCACAUCAUCAUCAUCAUCAAUAUUAAGUGGUGGUGAUCAAAUGGAAAAGGCUGUGUAUCAAUUAGUGAAAGAAUCCGGUCAAAUGGGUAUUUGGAUGAGAGAUAUUCGAAUAAAAACACAAUUAUCUCAAACAUUUUUAAAUAAAACAUUGAAAAGUUUAGAAAGCAAAAAACUUAUUAAAGCUGUUAAAUCUGUUCAUGCAUCAAAGAAAAAAAUUUACAUGUUAUUUGAUUUAACCCCGGAUCCUUCAAUAACCGGUGGUAACUGGUAUUUUGGUCAUGAAUUUGAAAGUGAAUUUGUUCAAGUUUUAAAUGAACAUUGUUAUCGAUUAUUACUAGAUAAAUUUGAAACAACAGAACAUGUUAAUGAUCCAUUGAUUAGAAAAAAUAGUUCAUAUUUGUCAUCGAAUGAAUUAGUGCAGCUUAUUAAUGAAUCGGGAAUCUCAACAGUACUUUUGACUGUUCAAGAUAUUGAAUCUAUAUUAUACACCUUGAUAUGUGACGGAAAAGUUGAAAAGACAACAAUUUAUAGUUCGAAUAUCGACGCAAACAAACAAACACAAAAUAUUUAUCGUGCUGUAAAGCCGAUGAUUGAAUCAGCUGCAAUUGUACGAGUUCCAUGUGGUAUUUGUCCGGUAUUUCGUGACUGUCAUGACGAUGGACUUAUAACGCCUAAGACAUGUAUUUAUCUAAAUACUUGGCUGGACUUUUGA